AUGGUUGACGAUUUCCCAAAGGGUUUGUUUCGAUUCUACAAGCGUGUAUAUGAGGUUGUGGAUGAUCCUUCAUUGGAUUCAAUAAUCUCAUGGAGCAAAAGCAACAAGAGUUUCAUCAUAUGGAAUCACCAAGAGCUAAGGCGUAGAAUGAUAUUUGCCAACUUCCACGGCCCCUUUUUCUCAAACUUCUUCUCCAUGCUUAAGAAUUUUGGAUUUAAAAGAAUCAAGAACGGGUCGGGGCAAUUGGAAUUUGGGAAUGCUAAUUUUGUGAGAGGCCAACCUGAGCUUUUGAAGAAGAUGCAAAUAAAGGCUAAUCACAAAAGAUCGAUGAAAAUUAUCGCCAAGGAAAAAGCAGAGGAAGCAGCGGAUGGCUUGAAGCUUUUACGAGUUUGA